ACCACGUAUUGAAACAAAAUGUGACAUACAACCCUAGCCAUGCUGAUAUACAGCCCUUUAUCUAGAUUUUAUACACAUUACAAUAUUAUUCAGACUAUAAUACAGACAAUGCACAACCGUACGGGUGUCAACUUUUAAUUUAAUCAUUUAAACUGUUAUUACUAUAAAUUAACUGAUAUUAGCAAAACAUGUGCCAUUUAGUUGUACAAGUAAAAGAGAGGUUGUGAAAGAUGUCCACUGUCCUCUACUGAAUCACACUGGUUCCAUGCCUAUACGCCCUUUAACGAAACAUAAAAGCUAUUACCAAAACACCACCCACGAAUUACAGCAAAAACGAAGAAACCUUGCACUUUCCCCACGGUCCCUUACUUUCGGCUCCGCCUUCCCGGUGUAACUCACAGUGCGAUGGCUUUUGCGGACCAGUGCUCAUUAUAUCUAGCGAAAAUAAUGGAAAGGAAGCUUGUGAAACAUUAUUAGCUUUGUCCUUGUAGCGGUAAUAGUGUGUAGAAUUUUUGGGCAAGUCGUUUCGGAGUUAUUGCCAUUAAUCGCUGAAUAUGUGAGAAAUAUGGAAAACAGUCGGUCGGUACACGUGUAAUGACAGUUAUACAUGGUUUACUUUCCAUCUGCCUGCUAAAGUCUUAUUUUUGAGCACAUUUGGGUUGUAGGAUGUUUACGGAGAACCAAAAACACUGGAAUAUGAACACAGAGGAUCUGUCUGGUCACCUAAGUGAAUUUAUAUCCUGCAAAAAAUAUUAGCGAUAUCAGAAUGAUUGCAGGAAAGAGAUCAGACUCACCAGAACCCAGCUGUGUGUCCAUGAAGAGCAACUGGUCAAUGGAAAAGCCAGUUGUCUUCAGAGACAGAGCCAAUUCUACUGAUGUGAGACCACAAAAGAAGAACUCAAACAUCAGCAGAAAUCAGUUGAAGUGCAUAUUCAAGGAGCUGGAACACAAAGUCAUCACUCUGAUAAAGAAUGAGCUGAAGAGGUUUAGGAAGCUCCUGAGUCCAGAUUACCCAGCAUGCACUGAGAGGGAGGUGGAGGAUGAGGCAGAUCUGCACAGUGUCAGAGAGGGAGUGCUGAAGAUCACACUGCACGUCCUGAAGAACAUGAACCACACAGAUCUCGCUAACACACUGCAGAACAAGUCUCUGAUGUCUGUGUACCAGCCAAAGCUGAAAUGCAACCUGAGAGAGAAGUUUAAAAGUAUUAAUGAAGGAAUCUCACAGCAUGGAAGCUCAGCAUUUCUGAAUGAGAUCUACACAGAGCUCUACAUCACAGAGGAUUGGAGUGGAGACGUCAAUAAUGAACAUGAGGUGAGACAGAUUGAGACAGCGUCCAGGAGACCAGCAACACAGGAGACACCCAUCAAAUGUAAUGACCUCUUCAAAGACAAGUCCAUCAGAAGUGUUCUGACUAAAGGAGUUGCUGGAAUUGGAAAAACAGUCUCUGUGCAGAAGUUUAUUCUGGACUGGGCUGAAGGAAAAGCAAAUCAGGACGUCACCUUCAUGUUUCCACUUCCCUUUCGAGAGCUGAAUCUGAUGAAGCAGACAAAUCUCAGUCUGAUGGAUCUUCUUCAUCACUUUUUCCCAGAAAUAAGAAAACUAGAAGUAAUAGACUGUGACUCCUACAAAGUGUUGUUGAUCUUUGAUGGUUUGGAUGAGUGUCGACUUCCUCUAAAUUUCCAGAAGAAUGAGAGACUGUGUGAUGUGACAGAGUCAGCCUCAGUGGAUGUGCUGCUGACAAACCUCAUCAAGGGGAAUCUGCUUCCCUCUGCUCUCCUCUGGAUAACCUCUCGACCAGGAGCAGCCAAUCAGAUCCCACCUGAGUGUGUAGACCUGGUAACAGAGGUACAAGGGUUCAGUGAUCCUCAGAAAGAGGAGUACUUCAGGAAGAGGAUCAGUGAUCAGAGCCUGGCCAAUAAAAUCAUCUCACACAUGAAGUCUUCAAGAAGUCUCUACAUCAUGUGCCACAUCCCAGUCUUCUGCUGGAUCUCAGCCACUGUUCUAGAGAGGAUGUUGGGUGAAGCAGAGUGUGGCGCGAUCCCCAAGACACUGACUCAAAUGUUCACACACUUCCUGAUCUUUCAGAUCAAACACAAGGACCAAAAGUACCAUCAGAAAUGUGACCCUGAUCCUCAGCAGACCAGAGAGAGUAUCCUGACACUGGGAAAACUGGCUUUCCAACAGCUGGAGAAAGGCAACCUGAUCUUCUAUGAGGGAGACCUGAGAGAGUGUGGCAUUGAUGUGCGAGAAGCGUCAGUGUACUCAGGAGUGUGUACCCAAAUCUUCAGAGAGGAGUUUGGGCUUCACCUGGGGAAGGUGUUCAGCUUUGUACAUCUGAGUGUUCAGGAGUUUCUGGCUGCUUUAUACACAUUUCUCUCCUUUAUUUUUAGAAAGACAAAUGUGUUAGUGGAACAAAGCACAGGACGUUUUAAUUUCUUCAGCAAGUCAGACAUGUCUGAUCUCCUCAGGAGUGCAGUGAACAAGGCCUUACAGUGUGAGAAUGGACACCUGGACCUGUUCCUCCGCUUCCUUCUGGGUCUCUCACUGGAGUCCAGUCAGACUCUCUUACGAGACUUAAUGCCACAGACAGGAAGGAGCUCUCACAGCAAACAGGAAACAGUCAAGUACAUCAAGGAGAAGAUCAGGGAGAAUCCAUCUCCAGAGAAAUCCAUCAAUCUUUUCCACUGUCUGAAUGAACUGAAUGAUCAUUCUCUAGUGCAGGAAGUACAAACUUACCUGAACAGAGGAGGUAACAAUCGUCUCAGUGGAAUCAGACUCUCUCCUGCUCAGUGGUCAGCUCUGGUGUUUGUGUUAUUGAACUCAGAUCAGGACCUGGAUGUGUUUGAUUUGAAUAAAUAUGACCCAUCAGAUGAAUGUCUUCUGAGGCUACUGCCAGUGGUCAAAGUCUCCAGGAAAGCUUUUAUGUGGGACUGUAAUCUGACAGAGGAAAGCUGUAGAGGUCUGUCCUCAGUUUUCAGCUCAAACUCCUCCAAUCUGAGAGAACUGAACCUGAGUGGAAAUAAACUGCAGGAUUCAGGAGUAAAGCUACUCUGUGAUGGACUGGAGAAUCCACACUGUACACUGGAGACACUGAGGCUGUGUAAGUGUAAUCUGACAGAGGAAAGCUGUAGAGUUCUGUCCUCAGUUCUCAGCUCAAACUCCUCCAAUCUGAGAGAACUGAUCCUGAGUGGCAAUAACCUGCAGGAUUCAGGAGUGAAGAUGCUCUCUGCUGGACUGGAGAAUCCACACUGUACACUGGAGAUACUGAGGCUAUAUGAGUGUAAUCUGACAGAGGAAAGCUGUCGAGUUCUGUCCUCGGUUCUCAGCUCAAACUCCUCCAGACUGAGAGAACUGAACCUGAGUAACAAUAAACUGCAAGAUUCAGGAAUGAAGCUGCUCUCUGCUGGACUGCAGAACCCACACUGUACAAUGGAGAUACUGAGGAUGUGUAACUGCAGUAUUAGAGAUGAAGGCUGUGCUGCUCUGGCUUCUGCUCUGAGGUCAAACUCCUCAUCACACCUGAGAGAACUGGAUCUGAACGGUAAUAAUCCAGGAGAAUCAGGAGUGAAGCUGCUCUCUGAUCUACUGAAGGAUCCACACUGUAAACUGGAGACACUACAAAUUAAGAAUUAUAAACUCACCAGGACUGGCGUAUGACAGGAGUCUCACCUCAAACCUAUUUUCCAGGAUAAAGCAGUUUUGGUGAAGUGUUAGAACCCGUCCCACAUUUCCAGCAGUUUGGGAGCUGAAUCAUUUAUAUUCAGAUGUAGAAGUUCCAUAACAAUAACCGUGACUGAUCACAUCCUUUAAUCCAGGGGUUCCCAAACUUUUCCAGGGCAAGGCCCCCCAAAUGGCAUUAACAUUUGACUGAGGCCCCCCUUUUGCAAGAUGUCUUUAAAACACAUUAAAAAUACAGACUUCUGAAUAUAUCCCCCUUUUUUUAAUUAAUGAUUACAUCUUACCUCUUUACAUUACAUUACAUUAGGAAUUGAUUGUGUGUGUGUGGUUGUCUGAGAGUGAGAAAGAGAAAACAUACUAGUGGGAGGGAUGGGCACACCAAAUUGUUGAGGCCCCCCGGGCGCCCCCUGGCCUCCACUUUGAAAACCACUGCUUUAAUCCUUUCAGCUACAAGUUAUUUCAGGCUUUAAUAACAUAUUUUACAAUCCAAAGUCAAAUCCUUCAGCGUCUACAAACAACACAGAGAUAUCAUCACAUCAUCACACUGAUUACACAAAUACACAUCCAUGUGUUGUAGCUGUUUAUAGCUUAUUUUUUAACUCCUUUUUUAAUCUAUUUAUUCAGUGUGUUUCUGGUCAACAUGGCUUCAUUCAGUUUUUUGUAACAUGACAGUGAAACAUUCAUUUCUACACAGAUGAUUGAUUCACAGUUGUAAUAUUGAUUUAAUCCUUUUUUAAAUAAAAAAAAAUGUUCCUUGUUUGUUAAU